AUGCUCGAGACAAUACCCCUAGAGCACAUCCCCAGCACGCACAGCGUGCACGUGGCGCUGUUCCGCAACGUCGCCAACGCAUCGCACCUGCAGUCGCAGCUGCUGGGGCGGAAUCCGGACUUCGAGUAUGCGUUCGUGGACGCGUCGACGGUGGCCUCGCGGUUCCACCUGCUGUCCGCCGUCUACAAGGCCGUCGGCAUCGAGAUCUCGGGCAACAUGAAGACGCCCAACGUCCAUUCCGAGAUCGUGUGCUCGUUGAGCUCGAACAAUAAUAUCUCAGAGGCGUAUAGGAGGUUCGGCAUCCAGCCCUCGACCAAGGAUAUCGUGGUCGUAAAGGUGUUGGUCUCCCGGGAUGAGACGCCCAGCGUCAUCACUCCCGAGGACGUAGAGAAACACCUGACGGAGCACGUGCAAGGAGAAAGCGUGCCUUUUAGUGAUGACGAAAUCGCGAAACUGACAGACUGGCCGAAAUUGCGCAAGUACCACAAACUAAACGGGGUCAACUAUGUUGAGGGUAUCAAAGACGAGGAGGUGAAAAGGAAGGAGCUCGGGUUGCUGGUGGUCUCUGCGAUGGCCUUGCGAGGUUUGUAA